AAUAUAUGUGUCAUUCAUUGUGUUCUGGAUCCCGGAGCAACAGAUGAACAGAAAGCCAUACAACAAACUACAAAAACUACAAAAAGCCAUAACCGCCUGGGACAAUAAUUCUCGCUGUUUUUACUGCUCUUAGUAUCGACUAGUAACCUGUGCUUCUGUUGUCGGCGUGUCAGUCAGACUCUUGGUGGUUUGUCAGUAAAAAAAAAAAAAGAAAUAAAAAAACCAUGAUGUGUAGGCUUUGUCUAAAGAGAAACUGCAGGGAGGACAAGGAGGAGACAGACAUUUUCCCUGUCAGAGACUGAAAAGAGGAGCACUGGGCCAGCGGCAGACUACUGUGGCUGUGAACAGACACAUAAGUGCUUCCUAGAUCAAAGCAAGGAAGGAGCUGUCCUGCUGUCAGAUUUACAAAAAGAGACAAAGACAGAAAGCAAGUAAGCAGUGGAGCUGCGACGUCAGAUGAUUAUUGAUUGUUACUAAAACUGAGUGCUUUACCCACCUGGACAAUAUAGACUCAGCUUGCAUCAAAGGGGAAAACCAACAAUAGCCUCUACCACAGUAAAAGGAGGAGGGGGAGUGACCAGUAGCCAGAGAGAGGCAGAGAGCAGGGAACCAGUUUCCUUUCUCUCCCUUCACCCGUGUCCUUGUCAGGCUGGCUGGUGCAGCCAUGGCGUUCACCUUUGCGGCCUUCUGCUACAUGCUCACCUUGGUACUGUGUGCAGCUCUCAUCUUCUUUGUCAUAUGGCAGAUCAUUGCGUUUGAUGAGCUUCGCACAGACUUCAAAAACCCCAUCGAUCAGAGCAAUCCCACCAGAGCGAGAGAAAGGAUUCUCAACAUUGAAAGGAUCUGCAACCUGCUUCGCAGGUUGGUGGUACCAGAGUACUCCAUCCACGGUCUCUUCUGCCUGAUGUUCAUGUGUGCUGGAGAGUGGGUCACACUUGGCCUAAAUAUCCCGCUGCUCUUCUACCAUCUGUGGAGGUUUUUUCAUCGGCCCGCUGAUGGCUCAGAGGUCAUGUAUGAUCCUGUCAGCGUGAUGAACGCGGACAUUCUUAACUACUGUCAGAAAGAGUCCUGGUGUAAGCUGGGCUUUUAUCUUCUCUCAUUUUUCUAUUAUCUCUACAGUAUGGUCUACGCCUUGGUGAGCUUCUAACAAACAGGAGAGAUGAAGAAAUAAAAUAACUGUAAAAGAAAAAUUGGAGAACAAACGGAGACACAAACCUUUACUUUCUCCAUGUAUUCUGACCUUUCUGGCUUUGGGCUUUGGAAGUCUAACCUUGGACAAACCAUGAAGAACAAUUUGAGUGAAUGUGAAUUUUUUCGAAAAAGCCUCUUUUCGAUUGUAUCAUUGUACACCCGAUACUGCUGUCGGACAACCGGAUGAAAUCUUGAAGGACUGAAACGCAGGUGUUUGUGUUGCCUUUGACCCAUUAUACAAUUUAACAAUAUUUCGGAAGGGCUGGAUUUUCCCCACGCUGCUCUUAAUAAUCCAGUCGCUCAACUCACUGUGAAUCUCCAAACACUUGGGGACUGGAAAAUGAAAAAUUAUGUCUGUAUUCUUUGACUUUGACAAUGUACUAAAAGCAGGAUUGUUUUGCAUAUGGAAACUCUGACAUCAAACCAUUACUCUGAUCGUGUUGCAGGAAUUGGGUUAGCAGUGUAAGACGUUUAACGGACCUGGCAUGAGCUGGAGUGUGCACAGACACCUUUAACCAUGACAGAGGAUAAAGAUUUGCCUGAUGCCAGUCUCUGCCAAACGCAAAGUCAAAUAAGACAUUGGUAAAAAAAAAUAAAAAAAAAUAAAAUGGAAAAAAAAGCAAGGAAUUAUCCAGGUUUGACUCAAAUAAGUUUGACUUUAAGGGUCAAUGCUUGUGAUGCGCAUUCAAAAUAGGUGUGUCCAUACGUGAGAGGGCAUAUUUUACGCUAUAUGCUAGGUUCAUGCUUUCCAAAGAGCGUUCAGCUCAAACAUGCCAAAAUGUUACCGCUGAAAAUCAUUGUGCCAAAUAUAAAAUCAAGGUCAAAAGAAAAAUGAUGAGACUAGAAAGUAGUUGCAGUA